UCAGCCUUCAGACUGAACCAAUGUUCAACACACACUGAAUACAGGUUUCUAUGUAAAGCCAGUGUGUUUAUAGCUAAAGAUGGAGUGCUGUCUUUCCCAAAGGGUUUCUUGGAAUUUCCCAAAUACAUUUCUAAGAUGGGUGGUUUACAGUGGUCAGGUAACAAAGGAGGUGACAGCAAAUGGAGUGGUCCUACGAUCUGUGGAACUCAAGUGUGGUGAAGUUGAGUCUUUCUCCACUUUCUUCUGGUAUUUCAUAAAGUAUGGAACGGACAGACCUGUACCUAUUGCCACGAGUUUUAACAGAGUGUACAGUACUGCUGCCCUACUGGGAGAUGCCCGUCUAAAAGGAAGUAGCUUAGUUAUAGACAAUCUACAGAUGGUAGCUGAAGGACGUUACAUGUGCCAAGGCAUUACACCUACAGUAGAAGUUACAACAUACAUCGACCUCACAGUAUUAGUUCCUGUUUUGACCCCCAUCUUACAAAUUAAUGUAUCAGCACCCCGGGAAGGAUCCCCAGUCAUGCUAAGCUGCGAUGUUAAAAAUGGUACAGGUCCAAUUGAAUACAUCUGGCAGAGAACCGUCAUCCAGGAGGGAACAUUUCCUGUGGAGAGUUCAGAAAGUGUCAUUGUCCUGGCAGCAGUUAACAGAUCCCACACAGGCUGGUAUACCUGCACUGUCAAAAAUGCAGUAAAUGAGGAGAUUAGCGGCAGACAUUAUCUUGAUGUAAUUUAUGGCCCAGAUGAACCAGUCAUCAAUAUCCAGCCAUAUGCCAUUAGUGAGAAUGGAUUUGCAGCCAAUGAGCUGGAAGAGGUCACCCUGAACUGCACAGCCUUUUCCAAUCCUCCCUGUCAAUAUGUCUGGCUUUAUAACAAUAGUCAGGUGUACGAGGGCCAGAUGUAUAUUAUUCGAAAGAUCUCCCGGGGUCACACGGGCAUGUACACCUGCCUGGCAAAGAACUAUCACCUGGACACACACACUGCACUUACUGUCAGCCUCACCGUGUACUAUUUACCUGAAGGAUCCCCCUCAUGCACUGCAAUGUCACAUAACAACUACAAAGAAGUGGCUCUCUGGUGUUCAUGGACUGGUGGACUUCCUCUAAUAAAGCUUCAGUGGCUGAAAACAAGUGAAGAUGAUAAAGUAAUCGUGUCAAACUCAAAUGCAACCAAAAUAAUAAAAGGGGAAGACAUAAUAAAUGGGAGCAGCUACACAUGCAAGAUCUCUCAUCCAGCCCUCAAACAACACAUCCUUUGCAGAACAAUUGUGUCUAUUCCGGACGGAGGCCCAAAUUGCUCAGCAGUAGCAACAAAACUAAAUGAGUUUGUCAUGCUGACAUGUGAAUGGCUGGGAGGUCUUCCCCUCGUCAUGCUUGAUUGGAACAAUAAACAAAUUGGAGACUCCAAGGAAUCAUCCAACAUAUAUGUUUUCAAAUCCAAUACAUCAUAUAAUGGAAAAUUAUUUACCUGUAGAGCUCGCCACCCGCUGAGCAAAGAAACAAAGGAGUGCAAUAUUAGGCUUGAGGUUCCGGCACUGAAUUCUUCUGAGAGCAAUACAUCUGUACUUGAAGGAAAUGACAUCAACCUAAUGUGCUAUCUACAACCAUCUAACCUAACAUCAGAAAUCAUUUGGUACAAUAACAAGAACAUCAAAAUAACAUCUGAUUUGCAGAAGUAUGGCAUGGUGAAGGAAAAUGGGUGGUACAAUUUAACCAUCCAUGAAACAGUUUAUAAAGUAGACAGUGGGCAGUAUCGCUGUUCAGCUUUUAAUGCGGUUGGAAACUCCUCAAUUGGCAUAACACUUCAAGUAAAACAAUAUCCUGCUCCACCCAAUGUGACAAUCAACAAAAUAAUUUACAGCCAAAAGAGGACAGAGGUGGACUUGGAAUGGUUGACCAAGGGACUUGGUGACCUAACAAGCUUCAUGGUUCAGAGACAGACCAGCAUUCGAUCUUUCCCUGGCCCUAAGAGGUUAGCACAGACUGUAUCCUGGGAAACUGUGGCUAAAGAUAUAGAACCUGAUAUACGUGGACACAAACUAGGAGGAUUACACCCAGCUAAUAUUUAUGCCUUCAGGAUACUGGCAUUAAACCAUAAGACUACAGGAUUUCCUUCUGAGGUGAAAACACCAGCUGAUCCUCCAUUCAAUGCUUACCCCGCUGUUAUAGGGGCUGGAGUAGCUGGCAUGAUCGCUGCAGCUGUAGCAAGCCUUCUGGUGUUUCAGUACAUUGUGAGGAACCGGGAGAACAACCCAAGACUUCAUGACCUGCUUUUCAGACCUCGAGGACAGGCUGAAGCUAGAGAGAAUAUCCGAAAUCCAGAAGAUGCAGAGACGGCAGCAGAUGUUGAAGAAGGAUCAGAUGGGGCCGAAGUCUCAAAUACAGCUGCUGAUGCACCAGGAACCUCUGAUGCAGCUGUUCCUACUGUUCCAGCCAGUGAAGAUGUUCCUUUAUCUCAGCUUUCAGUAGCAGACCUGCCUGGAGAUGCCCCAGUCACAGUCACAGCGACACCCUAGCUGCCACGUGGGAAGAUAGCAACAAACUGAAAAUGUGGGCAGUUGUAGUCACAGUCACUAUGCUACAAUAUGCACUGCCAAGCACAACUAUAUGAAAGAGUGGCUUUAGACGCAAGUGCCUUUAAUUUUUGUGAAAAGUGAAAACUGUGGCAGACUUUGCAUGGCCACAACUGCGGUAGAUCUUAACAGAUGACCCUUAUGAUAUUGCAUUUCUGUUUUCAUAAUAUAUAGUCUGGUUUUUAUUAAUAUUACAAACACAAACUGACCAAAAUAAUGGCCUAGAAAAUGACCUGAGUGUGGAGACUUCAGGCCCAUUGUAAAAGCAGUGAAACAACAAGAAGUGAAUCAAGCUUAUUGUUGUCAGAGGGUGGACUGGGUGCACAAAGCCCCAAAUGUUCGCACACCAAUUCGCUAAAAAUUGGCUUAAGUCACACCGUUUUGUUCAACUGGUAUGUGUAUAUAUUUCAUCAUAUCACAAUGAGCCUUUGACUUCGGGUGUGAGCACCCAAAACCCAUCUUUUACAGAGAAAGGCAGGCUUAUAGCGAGUAAACAAUACAUUUGCUGAAUUCUUAAUAACCUGUAGUUGAUACUUGGUACUUUUUCCAUUAUUGUUUGCUACAGAGUGGAGCUCUGAGGGGCUUGCACUAGGUAGCACUAUGAACUCACACACACACACGUUAGGGACCGCUCCAAACUAACUACCCCAAACUGCUCCCACGUGGACCGGGUGCUCUGUCCACAGCGUCCCCACAGCCAAUAUAUGUCUCAAAACCAACAAAGGACGGCACUCCGGUAUAAAAGGCAAGUUUA